UGUUUGAGUUCGUGUUUGGUUCUUCGUUUGAUUUUGAUUUUGGUGGCGAAGAACUUCUGGUGUGUGGCUCAUGUCACGAUGUAUGUAUCUUGAAUCUGUGUUACUUCCGGGGGUGACCUCGAGGGUUCACAAGGGAUAGUUACUCUCUGACGUGUAAGGUAUUUUAGAGAUAAGGUCCGGCUAAGCGUGAGAGAGACUAGGAGUUGGCUUCGAGAAAGGAACCCGUAGCUUCAGUAUACAUUAGCAUAUGGUAUCGUCAGAGGUUAACGUGGUUGAGUCAUGUCUAAUACUUGAUUUCCGGGUUCUCUCACAAAGAAAUUAUGCCACUAUAUGCUUUCGAUUAGUUCUACGCGACUUCAAUGCGUAGACUAAGGGGGUGAAGGCUAUCACAGGUACUUGUGUGGCCUCGGUGAUGAAUGGUGAUAGUGAGGAGGAAACAUAUCUAGUUCUACCACCAACAGGCCAAGUCAGCGUGUCUUGAUGGAACAAGCUCCAAUCUGAAAGAAAGUUACAGGGGUCACAAUAUAGCCUUGAGUAGCACAUGUGCUUGCUUUGGGGUCGGAUUGUGAAUACGAACCCCUCUUCUCUGCGCGGAUGGUGUUGCCUAUAAGACCAGCUCAAGGGGGAGGGCAGGGCACGAGAAUAGCUUCCUAUGUCUUGAAUACAACGAUGGCAAACUUUGGUUGGCAUGCUGAGAGAGCUGAUCUGGUUCUCUUGGAUCGAGCCCCCUGAGAGUAAGGAGAUGCAUCUCAAGGCAGUUCGUCUAUAGUCUUGAUCGUACAGGGCUACGAGAUUGUCGAUGAAGUCCGCACAGCAAAGUCUGUCACGUUUACGAGCAGCGGGCCCCAAUAUCCACGACAAGGAGAGGGAAUGGGCACAAGAGUUGGUUGAUUUGAUCGAGAGUGUUGUUGGGAAAUGGAGUGCCACAGUUGGUCUGGAGCGUAUAAAUGCAAACGUUGCUAUCGCCCUUAAGGAACUCAGCCGCAACGUUGUGGUUGCUCAACGAGCCAUAGAGAUGGCAAGGACUAUCAAAUCGCCCGAGGAGGUCAAAUUUAUUGUCGCAUCUCUUCGCGCAACAGAGGUCGCCGUAGGCAAACUCCGCGAUUCAAUCGCGCCAGGUCUCACGGAGAAUCAACACUGAUCAGUCAUGCACAAAUCUGCAACUUAACAGAAUAGAGACUAUAUCGAGACUCGAUUCCUCAGCACUGGCCCACUAACAAGCCUUUGGUUCCAGGUAUCAGCGAGUUAUGUCAUCCAAAAGAACGACAUCGUGGCUCUAGACACAGACGUAGUUGAUUGCCAUGGAUACUACUCUGAUUUCUCACGAACGUUUUACGCUGGCCUAGUCUCUAGAUCCUCCCAUCGAGGAGCAAAAGGAGCUACAGCUCGCAUCCACGCCUCCAAGCAUUGUAUAGAAACUAAAGAUGCCAUGAGGAAAGCGCUUAGAAGUCUUCUCAUGUCAAGACGAAAGAGACGAAGAUGAUG